CCAGUGCUUCCAGGUUUUCAAUGCUUAAACAAUUUCACUUUGGUUACAAAUGAUUUCAGGGAAUAGUUGAACUGCUAUGAAAAUGUCCAAUCACAACACACUUUAUUUUUUGGUACUUUUUGUUUGAUAUUUGGCAUUUGGAUCAACAAUCAGGGAACCAGAUCAUAAUUCUAGAUGAAUUCUUUUUAUUAAUAUCGAAAUGGUCGCGUUGGAAUUUAUUUCUCAGUUAGAUAAACUACACUUUGUUGAUUCUGUCGGACUAGAUGAUUUCGCAGAUCGAUGCUCUUAUAUGUUAUCAUUUGUUAUUCUGGUCAUGUGCUUUACUAUUGUUACACUGAAAUCUUAUGUCUUUGAACCGUUGUCAUGCUAUAUUCCAACUACCUUCUCGGGUUCUAAUUUGGGAUCGUACAUAAAUGCAUUUUGCUGGAUUAAUGGAACUACACCGAUAAGUGUAGAUACGGAUCAGCUAGAUAAUCCAACGUAUUGGAGUAGUUUAGAAGAUAAAAAAAUCAAUUAUUAUCAAUGGGUUUCACUGGUUUUGGCAUUACAAGCUAUUCUGUGCUACCUACCUCGCCUUAUUUGGGAGGCAAUUACUUUCAAUCGUGUUGGAACAAAUUUAGGAUUCUUGCUUGAAUCAGCACGAGAAGCUUCAAAGGAAACUGGAAAGGAAAGAUCAAAUCGUGUUCAAUUUAUAGCAAAUGUUAUGGAUACAUUGUUGUUUGCUCGUCGGGAUCUACGUAAAUUAGAAAAUGGUCUUAAAGAUCAAAAUUUUUUUAACACAAUUUUGCAUACUAUUCAAAAUUUGCUUCCGCGUAAAAGGCUUGGUACUGCGUUAGUCACAUACUACAUGAUAAUCAAAUCAUUUUAUUUGCUAAAUGCAGUUGGACAACUCUUAUUGAUGGAACGAUUUUUGGGUGUCCGUGGAGAAUAUCGUCUAUUUGGCUUAUCAAUUUUAAGUGAUUUGAUUAUGGGUAGACAUUGGAAUGAAACUAGUGUCUUUCCUCGAGUGGGUUUUUGUCGUGUACCAAUCAAAUUGACGAGUACACCUAUACCUAUGGUCACUGUACAAUGUACAUUGCCAGUUAAUAUGCUGAACGAAAAGAUUUAUGUGUUUUUAUGGUUUUGGUUUGUGUUUGUUGCUUCUCUGGAGGUUGCGAGUAUUGGAGUUUGGAUUUGUCGUUUGGCCGCACGGCAAUCGAGAUUGAGAAGUUUGAUUCGAUAUUUAAAAGUUGCAGAUGUUUAUGAAGAAUCAAUGGAUCCAUUACUUGCUCGAUUCGAAUUGACAUUUCUUCGAAUGGAUGGCAGUUUCCUUUUACAAAUGAUGCGUUUAAAUGCUGGAAGUCUUAUCACACAAGAAAUCUUACAAGCAAUGUUGAAGCGUUACACAGAACAAGAACAAUAUGCUCAGAAAAAACGCGUUGAACGACAACCUUCGGGACCAAAGUCUGUAGAAAUAGAAAAAGAUGGUCUACUUCCUGACUCUCCUGAUUGUACUGUAACAAAGCGUUUAGAUGUUGUUUAGUUCAGUAAAUAAAUUUCCAGUAUGAAGAUUGAAUGCAUUGCAAAAAUUCAUCUCUACCUUUUGUAUUACUUCUUUCUUUUCAUUUUUCAUUUACAGUCUCAUCGAUCUGAUUAAUAUAAUGGUUUUUCUGGUAAUCUACAUUCAGUUUAAUUUACGAAGCUCAGGGUCAUUUCUAACUAUUUUCCCCUAUGUUUUUUUUCAUAAUAAAAGCUUCAAGGUCAUG